AUGAGCGCCGCAACGCCGCCCGAGGAUCCCUUGUCCAUCCAACAAAUCAUCUCACGGUGAGUUCUUGUUACCUAAAAUGAUAGUUUUGAUGUCAUGUCGUAUAUAAUAACAAAAUUACUAAAGCUACUAAUACUAUAUAUAAAGUACUAAAAAAUCCUCUUUCUUCACUUUGCUUUUCCCGUCUUUUUCAAUAAAAAAUGCCACUAACAACGGUGAAUAGCAGUCCAAUCACAAAAUCAAGAUUCAAAUUGCCAGAUGACAGCGUAUUUAAUUAAAAUAAUAGUUAAAAAUACAUUAACAGACCUUUAAUAAUUAUUUGAACACAUGACAAAUGUAGGUAUUAAGUUGAGUUUGUCCUUUCCGCAAAUCUUUGACCAUCUAAAACAAUAUCACAAAACCCCAAGCUAUAUCUCAAUAAAUAUCCGGUCGUUUUUCUUGAUUUUAGCACCAAAUUAAUCCUUAUUCUAUUCUUGAUGUAACUAAAGAAUCCAUUUGGUAUCAAUAACAAAGUGUCAAAGUCAAAUGAUUUUAUUUUCUUUUUUAUUUAUUUAUUUGUUGCGGAAUGCCAACGAUUUUAUCUCAUUUUUAUUGUUGUUUCUUGAGUUUGGACAGCCGAGACGUUAGUCCAAGCCAUGAUGGACUAGUCUAUAAAGUAUUGAUGGUUUUUACUUUAAAAUGCGAUUUUUUUCUUUAUUUUUUAAGUUUUUGAUAUUAUAGUUAAUAAUUGUUUACUUAUAGCUUUUAAAAAUGAUUUAAUUAAUUUUUUAGGUAUGAAAACGCAGAAGAAGAAUUUCUUCGAGAGUUGGAAUCAAUGCGACAAGGUGCCAACACGGAUACUUCUGAUGAAUUCGCAGAAGACAGUCCUGUUUUAGGUAAUGCUAACGUAACAGAUGCAACAGUAUAAGUUUCUGUUUCGUAUUUUGCCAUUCCUUAUCAUUUUUAAAACAAAAAAUUAAACGUUUUAAAAUUAAAAAACAGCUCAAAAUCUAAACUUUUGCAAAGAGUUGAGGUUAAAAGUUUAGAAUUGACGUUGCUUUCACCACUCUGUUUGAUGAAUUACUAUUGAUAUUGACUCAUCUUUUUUAUGUUAGGACAAAACAAGGGUCAGUUUGGCCAGAUGGACAUGUUUUUUGUCCAAUUCAGUGCCAUUACAUAGAGCGAUUUGUUGGCUCGAAUCGAUAUAAAUCUUGUCAAAACUGCUUCUGGCACUUUAUAAAUUUAUAAGAUGGAGUUGAGUUUUUAGAGAGUUUCAAUUUGAAAUGUUUUGGCUAGGGUGAUGUUUUGAGGGGGAUAGUUUUGAUUUUUUAGAGCAAAAUUAAAAUUUUCAGGAUUUUAUGAUAUUUACGCUUUUUGUUACCUAAAAAGUUAAAAAAUUGAGUUUUGUUAACUAAAUAAAUUGAAGAAGGAUGUUUCUUAUCUAAGAGACUUAAAAAAUAAUUUUUUAUUACCUGAAAAUUGUUAUUUACGUUUUCCUCGAAUACGAAAUCUUAAAAACUUGCUUUACAAACCAAAAGUUGCCUAAGUUAAUAUAAUUUUUCAUUUUAGGUACCCUAUGCAGUCUGGCCAGUGAAGUCCGCGAACUCCGUCGUCAGAACCGCCGUCUCCGCCGAAAACUUGACGAUACUCCUCCAACCCCUCUAAAACGGCCAUCACGACCCAACUCUUCUGUAGUUCAUCGUAUGAGCCAACUGUUCGACGGUAGGCAACUUCUGAAAGGCUUGAUGUCAAGCUCAUCAAGCACAACAAGUUUAAAGAAGCCUCCAACGAUGCAGGCUGAGAUCCGUACUGGAGCACGAGAACGAAUGAGUACACCGCCAAAGAUUGAUCAUCUGGUUGUUAGUUCGUACUCGACUGAUCUGUCUUCUGAUACUGGAUCUUCAAGUAAUCAUCGGCGGAAAGCUCCGCCUUUGGUUUUGCCGGAAAUUUCGGAUUCGGAAAAUGAUUAUCAACAGGUAGAUAACUAUUUUUGAAAUAUUUUUAUUGAUUACUUGUUUAUUUUUUGGUAUUUUUUGACAAGCACGUAUUUUACAAAAAAUUUUAAAUUUUCAGGCGAAAGAAGGUUACCCGAUUGAUGAUAAUUGCCUGUCACCAUGUUAUCCAAGACGUUCAAUGGUUCGUCGAGCUGAUAGAGGCUCGAUUAGUGAAAAUACAAGUCCAUCAAGUGUCUCAGCUUCAUCUUCUGUUGAUCACUGUGAUAUUAUGAGUAUGUUUCAAUUUUUAUUUUCCAAUUUUUUUUAAAAAUAACUUUACUAUCAAACACUGGUUUUUAACGAUUUCAAUCCAUUUUUUGUUGAUUUUUAAUAUUAAAGGGUAAUAAAUAAUGUAUUUCAUGCCAUUUCAGCAUCAAGUAGGAGCAGUUUUCUGGAAUUGAUAGGCCUGAAACGACGUACUCCUUCUCGGCCCGAGGCUAUGCCUACAGGCAAAACACCAGCUCAUAACAAGAAGCGGAAAAGAAAAAUUAGUGAGAGCGACGCUCAUUUGGCCAAUAAUAAUGGUAAGUUUAACGUUUUUGAGUAUAUUAUGCUGAAAAAAUCAGCAUAACAACAAAUUUUAAAAAAAAUUAUGGUUUUUUGUUGUGAUUGAUGUAGGAUAUGGGUUACGAACGGUUAAAAAUUAAAUAGAUUAAAAAAUAUUUUUUUUUUCAAUUUUGAAACUUGGCAAGCCUUGAAAAGGCUGGUUUUUCUAAAAAUAAACGACUCUUUUGUUCAGACUUCUUUUUUCGAAACAAAAGUGCAUUCAAAUCAGCAUAAAUCUUUUCAAAAAUAAAACAUCAGUCUGAAAAAUGAAUCUCUCAACAAAAUCAAGGAAAGCUGUAUUUUUUAAACCUUUUUUCAGACAAACGAGCCACCUCCAACCUGUUGGCCGUCGCAACAAACAGCGAAGGCGCGUUGGCUCCAGGCCAGCACGAUUGGCCCAGCGGUCGGCCCGAUUCUCGGCAACAAGUGUCAACCUCGCUUCGAAAUGUUUCCAAUCUGCUGCCGGCGGUAAGAGGGCCUUUGAAAUGCGAGAACGGGCGAAAUUUAAUCGGGAAAAGUUGGGGAAAGAUUGUUAUAGGUGGGAUUAAGUGGAUAUAGAGGAGGGGAAUGGGUAACAGACGGUUGUAGUUUAGCAAUAUUUGAUGGAAAUACUUAUAAGAAUAAAACAAAAAAGACAUAAUAGGUAAUAAAAAUGAAAAAAAAAUUCUAUAGAUGUGACUAAGUGGGUAUGGAGAGAUGAAUGGGUAACAGACAGUCUUAUGAGAGUAAUAUUCAAGAAUUAAUUUUGAAAAUAUUUAAAUCUAAAGACCAAAAAGAGCAAAUAAUGACAAAAAAAAAGAAAAAACUUGUACUAUUGAAAACGAAAGUGAUUUGAACGCUCGGAAAAUGUCAGAAGUGAACGGCCGAUGAUCGAUAAGCAGGAAGUACUUAACAGAUCUAUAUUUCUCAAAAACGAAAAGUUAUUUCGAAAAUGUUAAAAAUCAACAAAAGUUAACAAAUAACAUAGUACUCAACAAUAAUGCACCUUAUAAAUAACUUGUUUUGAAAUUUCAUAGCUAACAGAUAAAAAUAGAUUUGGACGAGUGAUUUUGACCUAUCCGUUCCCUAUCUCUAUCCUUAUUUUUACUACCACGCUUACUUCAAAAUUUACCUCUAUCUCUAAUAAUGCUCCUACUCUUACCUCUAUCCUUACCUUUACUCCAACCCUUACUUCUUCUCUUAACUCUACUUCUACUCUUAUCCCUACUCCUACCCUUGCUUUUAGCUCUAUUGCUACUUCUAAACUUAUCUCUACCCUUAUCUCUAUUCUUAUUUUUACUCCUACCCUUAACUCUACCAUUACUUCUGCCUUGAUCUCAACCCCUACCCUUAUUCAUGGCUCUACUUCUAUUCUUAUUUCUACCCCUACCUCUACUUCUACUACCCAUAACCCUACUCUUAUCCUUACCUAUCUGUACCCCGAGAUAGGUAAUCUUACUUCUAACUCUAAUCCUACUUCUAACCUUUCCUCUACCCCUAUCUCUAUCCGUAUUCCUACUUCUAUCUCUACCCCUAUUUUACCCCUACCUUUAUUUCUACCCUUACUUCUAUAUCUACUCUAUCCUUACUUCUACCUCUAAAAAUACUCUUAACCUCACUUUUACUUUUUUAUUUUUACUCCUAAUCCUGCCCCUUUCCUUACUUCUACUGUUGUCUUUACUUCUACUCGCUCUUUACCUCUUCCCUAAUUUCACCCCUGCUUCACAUAUACAUCGGCUUCUUCUUUACCCUAGCUCUUACCACAAAGUAAUGAUGUUUUGAUUAAGCUUACUUCCAAAAACCCAACCAGUGACGUUGUUUUUUCUCGGAACCCCCCUCAUCUUGACUUGAAGUCCGGUUAACACAAGUCUCAUUGAUCCGGCGAAAUUGAUGAUAUGUAUCAAGGUGAUAGGACACGAAAAUGUGUCAAACGAAAAGCAAAAAACACUUUUUCACAGGUUUCUCUGAGUCCUGACGGUGUUCAUAAAAAAUGUUGGCUCUCGAGGACUAAUGGGGCUUUCAACGUGUUCCAAUCGGUUUUUAUGUCUUUAAUGUUUUAAGAGUUUUUUCGAUAUUAACUUGGGUUUAUGUUGGUUGGGGUGGGUUAAGGUUUUUUGGUGGGUAGGGGUUUAUGGGGGUAGUUAAAUGAAUUUUUGAGAGAAGGGGUUACCAGCCCAAAUUUGAACGGACAUUAUGGGGUAAUGGUAUGUCGUACCAUUACUACUACAUCUUAUAGUUCAAAAACGUCAAUUUUUGUGUUUUUUCAGCACAGUGCAUCAGUGCCAAAGUUUGAAGAAGCUGAAUUUGGAGUCAAAUUGAGGAGAAAGGUCAGGCCAAAAAGUUUUGCUCAUAAUUUAUCGCCAAGUGACUUGAACUUGCCUCGAUCGAGGCUUGGAAAGAAGAUCAACAGCAGUAGGAGUAUUGCUAGCCGAGGUGGGUUUUGGUCAUCUAAACUAACUUUUUAAGCUUAUUUUACUGUUAGGCUUAUUUAAUCUUAACUAUUGUUAUAGUCAACCUCAGCCUCUUAGAUUUAUCUAUAUAAUACUAAGUUUUUCGUUAGUAAAACUGAUUUUAAAUGGCGAAUUAAGGUCUAAAUUACUAUUCUUGAGGUCUUAAUUAUCACUUCUUAUAAAAGCUACCUGAUAUUUUACUUGAAAAACUAUAAUUCUAGCUCUUUUCUUAACUUAAAAUUAAAAAAAAAUAUUAUUAGCUUCCGAAGACACGAAUAACUCCACAUACAACGUAGCUGACGAAGAAUUCCAACUACUUCAAGAUGAAAACAGCUUUCUUCAGCACGAGAUCCAAGUGCUGAAGACGAGGAAUACUCAGCUAAUUGAUCAACUUCGUGACAAAUCCAUGCAACUUUCGAAGAACGAACACAUUUUUGAGGUCAAAGUGAGUGAUCGAUUUUUUGACACCUUUUGAAGGUUGAUUUAGAGGGUUAUCAACAUAUUCUUCUAUAUUUUUUAGAGCUUGAGCUCUCUAAAACAAAAUUUUAUGUUUUAAAAAUACUUUUUUUUUAAUUUUUAAUUUCGGCAAAAUAUAUUUUAAUGUAAUUUUAUUAAAUUGUAGUUAGACAACUUCAAAAAGAAGGAGAAAAUGAAUGAAGCCUUGGACAAAGUUUUCUUGAAAGAAAAGGUUGGCCAAAUCAACGAAAAAUCAGUGAUGGAAAUUGAAAAUAAACUAAAAGAACUUGAGAAUGAACUUCAACAAGCCAAGAAUGAUGCUUUGAAAAGUCAGCAGCUUGUAAGUCAACUACUGUGACAUUUUGUGAAUGAAAAAGUAUUAGGUUAUUCAAAUAAUUCUAUGCUCUUUCUCAUUGCAAAUUUUGGGGUUAUAGGCCCAGAAUUAUUUAAACAAUCUAAUAUAAAUUUUGGUCUUUUUUAAAAAAUAUGUUUAUAAAGACAACUUUCAGGCUAUAAACUCAACGUUCCGUGAACAAACGGCGUAUCAGAACUGUCUCGAACAAGUUGAGCGACUGCAACGUGAAAACUUUUCUUUGUUACAGUCAAAGGGAUAUGGUAAGCCAAAUCUAUGGAAUUUUAAAAUAUUUUUUGAAAUUUUGAAGUAUUAGGAUGUUCAAAUAAUUCUUUUCUUCCUAACUCCGAAAAUUUACUUUGAGGGGGACACAGUAUUUUUAACAAUCUAAUAGCUUUUUGUUUUCUAAAAAGUUUAAAAAAUAGAUUUUUGUUGCCUAAAAAAUUAAAAAUUAAUUAAUUUUAUUUAAUUUUUUUUGUACUAUGAAUAUUUGAUAUUAAUCAAAACGAAAUUUUCAGAAUUAGGUAUAAAUGAACGUCACAUCAGAGAACGAUUGGAAGAACUGCCAAGAUACGACGCUUUGUACGCUUUUACUAUGAGGAUUGUGCAUAGGGUGGGGUUUUUGAUAUUGUUAUGUCAAAAUUGAUAAAAAAAAGGAUGUUUUGGCUAUUUUACUACUGUCUUUUAGCCAGACUUAUCUUAUUUUACAAUUUUUUUAUUUUUACUUUUUUGAAGCCUGCUUUUUAAUUUUUAUUAAAAUUCAGUUAGGACAUCUCCGCAACAUGUUGAUAGACAAGUCCAAUAAACUUAUUCACGCCGAACUCGAGUUAAUGCAUCAACAAUCUGCCUUACUAGUAGCUCAUGCCCAGAUCGAGAGACUAAAGUUGGAACGCAGUAGAAGUGUGAGAAGACCAGUCUCAUUUCAUGGUGAUGAUCUGUUGUCAAGGCUUAACAAACCUAAACUCAAUGUGUUUUUGCCGUUCAAACUGCAUGGUAGUCGGGUGGAACAACAAAGGAAGAGCAAGAACAAUAACCAUACGUUGAAGGAGUUGGCUGAUGACGAUGGAAUUGAGGCUGAUUUCUUGAAAUUCUUUGAUAUGAGCAAGUGUAAGUUAUAUUUUCUUUGGUCAACUUUGUAGAAAGUCUAUGCUUGUUUUAGGCAGAGAAGAAGGUUCAUGUUAAGGACGUUUAAGUUAGUUAUGAUAAGAGUUAGAAUACAGUUAAAUUUGAGUUUAAAAAUGAAAAAACUCAAAACUUAGGUACAAAAUAAUGUUUUUAGACCCCCUGAAGAACGAUACUCCACCAUCGCCUCGAGUUGAGCGAAAAAUCAUUCCCCAGCGAAACAACGGGCCCAUUGAGAACGUCAUUGUAUAUAGAAAUGGUCGUGGAACUGUGUCGCCAAGUGAGUGUUUCAACCCCAUUAAUGAUUAACUACGAAAUAUAGAAAAAUACCGAAAUUGUGUUACCUAAAUUUUUUUAAAAUUUUUAUAUUCAAAUCAAUUUUUUGUAAAAUACGCCGUGGAUGGCCUGAUGAGAAAAAAAUUUUAGUGGGAUCUCCAGUUCUAGCCGAAAGAAAGCGCAUAGCCAACGGCAACGCCUCUCCGUUAGUCCGCCGAAGCGAAAAGACUCCAGAAUCCGGUCGGAAUGUCCGUCGACCCUGUAGUCUAGUCGAAGCCAAAGAUCAUAACAAAACAGGCGAGAUAAAGCGAUUGGCAGAUGAAAUGAGUCGAAUUAAGCCUGAUGAGACUGUCCCAAGUCUGAUCACCAACUCUCCGAUCAUGAGGUUUUCUGGCCGACAAGGGCAUGUUAGGGAAAUCGUGUCAUCACUGCAGGAUAUUAGUAAUAUACCCGGGAGAAGUCCGUCUACUACGCCGAUUAUGGUGAGGAAAGUGCCGAUUUUGGGGUCGCCAAAGUCAGCGGAGAGGAAAAUCAUCAGACAACAGUCUUGCAACUCUCCUAAUGGGUCUAGUAAGUUUUGGCUUUAAUUUGGGUAGAUUUUGAAAAUUUAACUCUUCCUGAAAGUCUUCAUAUUCAAACAUAAGCCUAGCUUCAUUUUUAAGCCAAAAAACCAUCUUUCAGGCUAUGACAACCAACCUCUGUACGACUGUCCUCCUCGAGGAUCAGGCGAGUCCUCAGACUAUAAUUCCAACGAUCGGCCGCUGCAAAGUUGUCUAAAAAGGAAUGGAUCUGAUCGUAGAAAUCAAAAUUUAGGACUGCCAAAACAAACACAUCAUCACCAUCAUCAUCACAUCACCUCCAAACUGCCUCAACCCUUCAAUUUACCCAGCACACCCUUAAGCAACGGACAAAAGAAGCCUAGUGCUGUGUUGGUAGGUUGAGUUUUGAAAAAGUUUUAAAUUUUGAAACUUAAAAAAAUUUUUUAAUUUAAAAGCGCAAAAUAGCAAAAUUUACAUUUUUUUUUGAUUUUCCGAAAUUAGAAACUACCCUUUUUCAGCGCCGAAACUCCCCCGUCCUCCAGAACGACCAACGUCCCACAGCGGCCCAAAACCGUUGGACGGCCCAACGAAUGCGUCAAAGUGCCAGUGAAUCUCCACGUGCCAUACCAAGAUUCCAACACAAUCACACAAAUCUAAACCAAACGAUCAGAGAAGAAGACGAACGAUCCAAUUCGUUGGAGCGAUCAGAUCAACCACCAAGUUCAAGCAGCUGUGGUCCGGUCAGUCGGCUGCCUAAGCCUGGAAGUCAGGGAAUCAAGAAACCUCAGAAUUGGUUUAGUCGAAUUGUCAAUGGAAAGAAAUGA